AUGGCCUCGACGCGUCAACAUCCCUUUGUACAGAUCUAUCAGGAUCCCAUGCCGCUUCCGUCGAACAAUAUCUCACAUCUCAGCCGAAAUCGACCGCGUCUGCAACCUUCGGCUAUGCCUUUGCAGCCACUCAGAAACCCGCCAGCCGCUCACCCACGCCCAGAGGUCAUCCUCAGUGCCCCAAUGGCACCAGGCCAACAGUUAUCCCCUCUCAAGAGCACACCCUUAUCUCCUCAGCCACCUUACUACGGAGACCUCAACUAUGUUGCGAUCCCUCCGCCUAUGACGGCAAACCAUAUGUACACUGACUCGCCGGCGAAGAGACAUGCUAUUCCAUCCAGCCAGCAGUAUCGUCCUGUCCAAAUGGCACAGCCGAUGUUUACCACCUUCGACAUAAAACUUGAUUCAUAUGACCAGGAAAACUUCGGGAUGCCAACUACGCAAGAUAAUUUCGUUGACUUUCCAGAGCCCUCAUACGUCCGCAAGCAGCCCCUAAAACGAUCAUACUCGGAAGCGCAGAUGACCAACGACCGCCCUUUCAAGAAGCCUCGACAGGAAGAUGAAUCCGUCUUCCAGCUACCUAACCCGGAAGAUAUGCCUCCGGUCGAGGAUGAUGGAAAUAAACCUGCCUACAGCUAUGCUCAGAUGAUCGGAAUGGCUAUCCUUAGAGCACCAAAUCGGCGGCUAACUUUGGCGCAAAUCUACGACUGGAUCUCGACUACAUUCACCUAUUACCGAGAAGACACCAAGCAAAGCUGGCAUAACAGUAUCAGACAUAACCUAUCUUUGCACAAAGCUUUCACUAAGCAAGAGAGGCCCAAGGGCGAUGCCGGAAAGGGAAGCUAUUGGGUCAUUGAGCCAGGGAUGGAGUCGCAGUUCAUCAAGGAUAGAAAUCGCAGAGGGGCCAAUAUCACCCACAUGACGAUUAAUGCCAAUGCGAUGCGUCCCGAGCCUCAGAAGAUUGCCCAGCAGCUCUCGGACGCGCUCGCACCGAACCCCUUCCUUGGUCAAUCCAGCGAACCACCCCGCCCUCAGACAGCUCCUGCCCUUCCGGAACUCUCAUCAGAUGCCACUCUUCCCGCCUCAGACCCCGCUCUGAACGAGCAUGAGACUGCGGAAUUUGAAGACACCGGCGCCGUCACGGCUCCAAAGUCGUCUCCCCCAGAUGCCAUUAAUUCUUCGCCACCCGUGGUUGCGCCUCAUCAUCAACGCGCGAUCUCUUCGCCGCCCACACGACAGCCGCGCCAAUCUGUAUCUCAUCGACAGAACCCAAGUCUUACCAAGAACGAUGACAGCGGAUACUUUUCGUCCAUUGAGUCGUCUGCUCUGCGGCCGAACAAGAAUACCGUGAUGCUCACCUCGGAACUGGACAUUGAGCCUAUGAGGAAGAAGAGAGGUCGCGCCGAAGAGGAGAUUGUGCGAAUCAGAAGCUCCUCGCAUGAUCUGACCCCGAGCCAUGGGAGAUUCCGGCCAUCCACGGCGGAGGGUGCUCAGUUGUCGUCCCCCGUUCGUGUCAGCCCAGCGGUGAACCAGAAUCCGGUGACUCCUGCUGUUAUCUUCAAGAAACCCGCACGCCCUCCUCCUUCAGUGUCUCCAAACACGCAGCUUCUCCUGCAUCGCAAAGCAAUGCGCGAGUUUGCCAACUCACCGAUCAAAAGCUCUGGACUCUUUUUGCUAGAAGAGGCAACAUACAGUCCUCUCCGGUGGACGAGUCUGGCGCCAUCGUCAGCCUAUACCGAGGAAUCUUUUGAAAUCUUUUCUGAUCCGGCGCUUGGUUUUACCCCAGGCACACCAUUAUGUGCCUCGUCACCAUUGAAGGGAUCUGUCUCUCGCCCAACCUAUGGUCGAUCAGCAACUUCUACCAAUAUCCUAACGGAUGUGCUUGGCAGUGCCCAGAAUCGCAACACCAAAACCCCAACCCGGAGCUCUCUUCUGCAUCCCCGCGUACGAGCUACACAAAGUGGGUCGCCAUUGAAAGCUUCCGCUUCGCAUGGCUCCCUCUUCGAUACACAAGAUGAUCUGUUUGACUUCAAGUCAUUCGACAACGACAACUCGGAUGACAAUGACGAGGGUGUCGAUAUCCUUCAAGGAUUUGGAAAGAUUGGUGGAAAGUCGGCGAACGCGACCACUUCCACUGGCCAUUCCCGUCGACCUUCUCUGGGUCGCAGCCUUACUUCACGCUUUUGA